AGGCCAUGUCAGCUGGUGACAGUCACGAGGAGGGCCGGCUGGUCUAUCGUUACGGUGGUGAACCUGUAGGAGCCUUUGUUCAGCCUAGCCUGCGACCUUUGAUGCCCACCAUAGCCCAUGCUAUGUUCCUUGAUGUGACCCAUGAUAACGAGUGCCCUAUUCAGCUCCGCUCAGCGCUCGACUCUCUGCCCAGUUCUGCUYUUGUCUCCAUGGCCUGCUGCGCUACUGGUUCCACCAGAGGAUAUGAUGAACUGGUGCCACACCAGAUAUCUGUGGUGAAGGAGGAGCGUUUUUACCCCAAGUGGAAUCCCUCAGCGUCCCCGACAUCCACCGCUGAAGUUGGAUUUCAGACUGGCAUCAUUGCUGGGAAACUGGCAGUGAACAAACUGCACCAGGAGCUGGCCACUCAGGGAUUCUCCCAGGUGUAUGUUGACCAGGUGGAUGCAGAUAUAGUUGCCAUUACUCGUCACUGUCCCAGCACACACCAGUCUGUGGUGACAGUGAGCCGUACAGCGUUCAAGGAUCCUAAAACCCACCAGUAUGACACCAAGGUUUCACCCAUUUUCAUACCUGAUAGAGGAAAGUACUGUGGUGAAACAUUCUGGAGUGACGUCAAAAGGUCGAUCAGAGUUCGUCCAAGAAAUCCACUUCCAGAAGUUGACGCCUGGCAGCAUCGUUGCCUUCAGAGUCAGUUUGGACCCUAAAGCUCAGAAGAUUGUGGGUGUGUUGAGGUUUUAUCUGUCCCAGUUUAGUCCAAAGUACAGGAGAGGUAGUUUACAAGAUGAAAACCCACCAGAGAUACUGAAGAAAUCCCUGAUACAGCUCAUGUCUAAGCUGACAUUAGCAGACAUGAAUAUCUUGCUGUUUCGCUGCGAGGCAGAAGAACAGGAGGAUGGUGGAGGUUGUUAUAGUGUCCCAGGAUGGGAAAGCCUGAAAUAUGCAGGAAUACAAGGGCUGAUGUCAGUGUUGGCAGAUAUCCGUCCUAUAAAUGACCUGGGCCACCCUCUGUGUGCUAACCUCAGAGACGGAGACUGGCUCAUAGACUUUGUCUCCAACAGGCUGAAACACCGGGAAGGACCACUAGCACAGGUGGGUCAGUGGUUAGGAGCCAUGUUUGACUACCUGAAACACAUUCCUCGUUACCUCAUCCCCUGCUACUUUGAUGCCAUUUUGGUGUCCACCUACACCACAGCUCUGGAUGCAACUUUCAAACUCAUGUCAAGCUUCAUCCAAAACGGUUCCACUUUUGUCCGUCACCUGGCGCUGGGCUCAGUCCAGAUGUGUGCUGUUGCACGCUUUCCUGUCCUUCCGCCCAUUUCAGCGAACCUUGAGGACGUCCCAUACCGCAUCAGCUCAGUCACUGGGCAGAAGGAGCAGUGCUGUGUCUCCCUGGCAGCAGGACUUCCUCAUUUCUCUUCGGGAAUUUUCCGUUGUUGGGGCAGAGACACGUUUAUUGCUCUUAGAGGUCUGAUGCUUAUCACAGGAAGAAUKAUUGAGUCUCGAAACAUCAUCCUGGCAUUUGCAGGGACUUUGCGCCAUGGUUUGAUCCCCAACCUUUUGGGAGAGGGUCGCUGUGCGAGGUACAACUGCCGCGACGCCUUGUGGUGGUGGCUGCAGUGCAUCCAGGACUACACUAACCAUGUCCCCAAUGGACAUGAAAUCCUUGGCUGCCCUGUCACACGCAUGUACCCCACUGAUGACUGUGAUCCUUGCAAACCUGGAGAGGUGGAGCAGCCUCUGUAUGAUGUCAUUCAAGAAAGUCUGCAGCGCCAUCUAGAGGGAAUUUCCUUCAGAGAGAGGAAUGCUGGACCGAAGAUAGACAUGAACAUGAGAGAUGAAGGAUUUAAUGUAGUUGCUAAAGUGGACCCAGCCACAGGUUUUGUUACUGGAGGAAACCGCUUUAAUUGCGGCACUUGGAUGGACAAAAUGGGGGAGAGUGAAAGAGCCAGGAAUAAAGGGAUGCCUGCAACUCCAAGAGACGGAGCAGCAGUGGAGAUUGUUGGUCUGUGUAAAUCAGCAGUGCGUUGGCUCGUAGAGCUGCACACUAAGGGGCUCUUCCCUUAUGACGGUGCUACAGUGGACAGAGAUGGUAAAAAGGUGUUUGUCUCUUACGCCUCAUGGAACCAGCAGCUCCAGCAGGCUUUUGAAGUUGCAUUUUGGGUGUCUGGGGACCCACAAGACCCCCAUGAGGAGCACCCUGACCUGGUGCAUAAGAGUAACAUUUAUAAAGAUAGUUAUGGAGCUUCCAGUCCAUGGUGUGACUACCAGCUGAGACCCAACUUUACUAUAGCCAUGGUGGUGGCUCCAGAGCUGUUCUCAGUGGACAGAGCCUGGAAGGCUUUYGAGCAGGCUGAGAAGAAACUACUGGGACCACUGGGAAUGAAAACACUGGACCCAGAUGACAUGGUGUACUGUGGUGUGUACGAUAACGCACUGGARAACGACAACUAUAACCUGGCCAAAGGCUUCAACUACCACCAAGGACCGGAGUGGCUGUGGCCYGUUGGCUACUUCCUGCGGGCUAAACUCUACUUUGCCAAGAAGCUGGGAGAGGAGACCUACGCCAUGACAGUCACACUAGUGAAGAAUGUUCUGUCCAGACAUUACACUCAUCUGGAGAGGUCCCCAUGGAAGGGUCUACCAGAGCUGACCAAUGAGAACGGCCAGUACUGCCCUUUCAGCUGUGAGACCCAGGCCUGGUCUCUGGCUACUGUGCUGGAGGUCCUCUAUGACCUUUAGAGGGGCCAGGAAACUGCUCCUGUCCCUCACUGGAAGACUUCAGCAUGUCCUGUCWGAACAGCUGUUUCACUGUUCUGUUAGUGGACGAUUGAGAGUCAGAAWUAAUUAAUAUUACUAAUACACUGUAACUGUUAASUUUUGGUCCUAAAAUUAGCCAGCUKUGAGCCUUMAAGGCRCAACAUAAAAAAUACAAUUUGACACCUAAAUAGUGUUUUUUUUCCAUUGAAAUAGUUUCCAGUUCCCCUGAACCUUCUGAUGACWAUAAAUCCAACGAGUUUUAAAAAACAAAGCAACUGGACAUCUGUUCUGUAGCUGAAAAUAUUUUCAAUCAAUGAAUCUCUGCAGAUGUGAAGCAGAAUGUCUUCAUCUACAACAGUGAAAUCCAGCAGCUUUUUUAAAAUGUCCUGUGUUGGAUGACAGGAUCUGCAGCAGUUCUCAUGUAAACUCUCAGUCUGGUAGCAUUAGAGUUGAUGUUGCAUGCUAAUUUAGAUUAGAGUGGAGCUGCUGUGUUCUGAAGUUUUUAAUGCUAGUUUAAAUACAACUGUAUAUCUGUUUACAUGAUUGCCAUGCAGCUGAUAUACAAUACAAAUGUGUGACAAACGUAAUAGGUGUUCUAAAAGAGAAGGAAUCACAGUGUUGGUGGAAAGUCAUCAUUGUUUUUUUACCAGUCAAGCUUAACUUUUACCAGUUAGUUGUAAAAUAACACGAUCAGAUCAUAUGUUCUCUUAGUGUUGGUCACUGGAAACUACUACAAGUCAUGCUGUGCUCUGCUUUAAACCAGUGAUGCUGAAUAAACUGUGACAUGACUACA